CGUGCUGCGAUUUUUGAACAAAAUUAGUGCGGGUUGCUUGGAUGCUCGAUUUCAUGGGCUAAAAUCGUUGUUUUUUGAAUAAAUUGCUGUACUUUGACAAGCCGAAUCGUUAAUUUACAAGGGUAACAAAACUUCGCAGAUUUGAUUCGAUUCCUAAAUCGAAAUAUUCGGACUCACGCAAUCUCGGAUUGAUGCAGCAAGAAUGAGUUUCCAGGAACCAAAUCGAAGCAACAGUUUUGUUCAUCUCGUUGACGAUGGAACACUGAGCUCUCCCCGGGCAGUCGGAGUUGGACGGAAUGAAUUGGUCAUGAGCGAUGACGAGGGAAAAAUAAUUACGACGCUUGAAUCGCCGAAAGCCGCGCCUUCCAGUGAUAAGGUAAUCAUUCACAGUCAAACUAUUAUUAAAAAACCCUAUGAAUUAACUGGUUCACCCGGUAAAAAUGCUAAGGCUGAAGUAACAGGAGCUUCCAAAAACGAAGGCUUAUUGACUCAAAUGAAAAGUCGUCUGAGUAAACAAAUAGAACUGAAGAAGGUGUUGUCUAACCCAAAGCCACCAAGUACAGCUUCCUCGAAACCGCUUGAUGUUAGUGGCUCUAUUGAAAUACCGCAGGAUUUGAUUUUGAGUAGUGAUAUUCCCGCAACACCGUUAACUGCUGGUGAGGCUAAGGAAUUAGAGGAUGAUGAUUUGAUUGCUAUACUGGAAGGUGACGAUGUCGAAAUCACUGAAAACGCUACUGAAAUUGAAGUUCGAGUUGGAGGAAGCAAUGAUGGAGAUUAUACCGACGAAGUGUUAGAGGAGAUUCAAAUUUCUUUCUUCGAUGAACAGGAUAUUCAAAAUGAUAAGACAAAAGAAAAAGAAGCUGCUGCACGUCAGUUAGCAAGUCUACCUAUCUUCGCUAAAGGUCGGAAACCAAAGCCUAAACCGGAAAAAAUGUCUGAACAACAAUCUAAACCGGAGAGAAAACCUGAACCGCAAUCUAAACCAGAAGGCCCAGUACCAGUCAAACCGAAACCUAAAGAAACUUAUGCUACGGCAAUACUCAGAGGACAAACUACAAUCACACCUAUUCCGAGGCCUAUGCUGAUCCCCAAAGAAGAACCUCUUGAUUCGCCGUCUACAGCUAAAAUAUUGACGGUUUCUAAAAAUCCAUCACCCAUUAAAUCCCCUAUUACGCCAUUGGCAACUCAAAAAUCGUCCCCUAGAGCCGUUGAUGUUGUUGAAAAACAAACAUCAAAAGAACUUAUAAGUUCAUUGGUUUCGGAUUGGGAUGAUGAUCCCACGCUCCCGGUUCCAUUGAAGGAAGAACCAAACAGUCCCGCACUUUCCCCUCCUAAAAAAGCGGCUUCCAGUCCGAUGGCUCCGCCACCACUACCACCAACACCCGUUUCAGUCGAGGAACCGAAACGAUCCAGAAUAAUUAAAAAGAAAAUUAUUUGGGAUCCAGACAAUCCAGACACGCAUCAGUCCUUUGCUAGCUUUGUGAAAUCAAACCGGACAAAGCCUUUGCCUGUUUUGCCAAAGGUUUCAGCCGAAGCACCUGUUAUUUCUACGCGGGUAUCAAUUCCUGGAGGAAUUCGUCGCAAACGGGCCGAAUCCGUUGCCGUUCACAUGAUCAAGGAUACUCCCCUUUUCGUUCCGCCUUCUAAAGUUAAACGUGCGACUACUCCGGAACCAAUCAUCAAGCAACCCAAAGUUUUGCCAACGAACAAUGUUAGGAAAAAGAAAUCUGAGAUAGACAAGCUGUUGGGCGAUGAAGGGGCUAUCAAUAUGUUGUAUGAUAUCGAAUGUGAAAAUAGCAACAAAGAUCUGCUUAAAGAUUCCAACAUGGAAGUUGAUGACGAAGACGAAAAGCUUUUGGCUAAAGCCAAAAUUAUAUCCGAUGCAAUCAAACAGACCACUUCACCAAAUGAAGUAGCUGUCCAUACUUCGCGAGCCCGAGCAAAGCGAGCAUCAACACCUCAGCAAACAUCGACUAGUCCAGCUCCUACGCCGAUUCCUACGGCUACAACCAGUACGGUAAAGAAAGCUGGACCAGGACGUAAAAGAAAACAAAUACUAAACAAAUCCGCAGAUUGGGACUACGUUUACAAAUCCCAGCAAACCUGCGAAGAUGCUAUGAUUAUUCGUCGACGUUCGAACAGUUCUUACUCCAGCUCUACCAGUCCGAGACGGCUUAGCUUUGAUCAACCGCCUACAACAAAUUUACAAGAGUCUGCAGAAGAAACUAAAUCUAAAGGAUUUCAAUUCGUCAAACCACCUUCAAAACCAUCAACCAAGCCUUCCGAGAACAUCAAAGUGGAUUCGUCGCUAGUGACAAAUAUGAAAGGCAAACUCAGCAAAGUUUUGGGAUCGAAACUCAAAAAGGAAGCCGGUGAAACUCCGCCACAAGAGAAGAAACCCAAGCAGAUCCCAUCCAAACAAAAACCUAUGAGUGUGGGAACCGAAACCUCGCCAUCCACGUCCGGUACUGUACUGGCUACGACAACGACCACCAUGGUUAGAGUCGAAGAAAACGGCAUCAACUCGCAAGAUGGACCUGAAUCCUUGCAAGAAAAGUUGAAGGAUCUCAAAUUAAAUGAGAUAACCUGCCGGAGCUGUGGGAAUUACACCGAAAUAGUGUUGGCUCCACAAGAAACCAAACUCAAGGAUGUUUUUACAAUUGAGCUUAUGAAUGAGGUUAAAGCGGUUCUUAAUCUGCUCAAGACUGAUGUUAAUACCAGAGCUGUUCUCAUAAGAUCGAAUGGAAAGCAAUUUUGUAGGGGUUUGGACGUCUCCUACCUAAUCCAAACUAACGCUGAAAAACGGAAAAAUGCUGCUCAAAUUCUCAGUGGACAUUUAAGGAAUUUUCUCCAGACAUUGGCCCUUUUCAAUAAGCCACUUGUAGCUGCAGUUCAAGGUGACGUUCUAGGCCUUGGGGUCACAAUUCUACCGUUGUUUGAAAUGGUGAUCGCUGCCGACAACACUUCAUUCUGUACACCUUACACUAUUUUCGGGCAGCUCCCGGAGGCAAUGAAAAUCUUCACAAGCUACAAGAAUUUGAAACCCAAAGCGAUAACCGACUUGCUGUACCUGAGCAAAAAAAUUAUGGCCCCCACUGCUCUUGACUAUGGAAUUGUGACUGAGGUAGUCAAUCCAGAAAAACUGACGGAUAAGGCCAACAAUAUCACGAAGAAACUAGCAUCGCUUUCAUCACAAGCACUGAAAUCAAUGAAAGUAAAUCUGCGCCAACAAUUGUCACUUCGAUUGGACGAAAUUCUCGUCGCCGAACAGAAAAAGCUUAUCCAGCACUGGACAACUGCCGAAUGUCAGGAAAAGUUCAAGCAGUUUGUCGCUCGUGGCGGCGAAUGGUGACCGGAGGAUUCGUUUUCGUUGUAAGUAAUGUUAAUUCUUUUAUAUCAUCAUAUCUUCAAGUUCGAUCAAAUUUGGGCAAACGACCUAAAUAGUAUCGCUUCUUUAUCGUUACAACUCCUUUAGAUUAGUUUUGAUAUCUGAGGGUUGAAUUUUUGUUUUAACCAAACAUUCGAACGAAAUGAUCCUAAAACCCAUUUGCAAUUUAUUUAGUUAUUAAUAUAAGAAGAACAUUUGUUAGUUCGUAGUACGAUAUUUGAUUUUUUUUUUCUUCAUUUGUCAUGGGUCAUCCAUACGAAUAUGACUUUAAUUAGUAUUAGAAUUUCUUUGAGAGAAACCCUUUAUAACUUAGACAAAGAGUCUAUUUUUAGUGCAAAUAUGUUUCAAGUCUAAGACAACAGCAAUUUAAAAAGAAAGCGAAAUGGAAAGCUUAAAUAUAUGCUAAAAGAUUGUCAGUUUAUGUUUAACAAAAUUAGAGUACUGAUUACAGAAAUAUAACAAAUCAAUAUAUUGUAAACUUUUUUCACU